AUGUUAGAAAAGUAACAUCAAAAAAACAUUACUAUAGAAGAUUUUACAUUAAUAAAUAUGAUUGGAGAAGGUGCAUUUGCAAAAGUAUAUUUAGUUCGAAAAAAAGAUAAUUAAAAAAUAUAUGCUUUAAAAAUAUUGAAAAAAAAACAUAUAGAAUAAAAAAAUAUAACGAAUCGAGUUAUUCUUGAAAAAGAUAUUUUAUCUAGUAUACCACCUCAUCCUUUUAUAAUUAAAUUACAUUAUUCUUUUUAAAAUUAAACAAAAUUAUUUUUCGUAUUAGAAUUUUGCUAAGGAGGAGAAUUAUUUAAUAUUUUGAGUUGUAAAUAGAAGUUUGAUGAGGAAUAAGCAAGAUUUUAUGCUGCUUAAAUUAUUUUGGCACUGGAACAUUUACAUAAUAAUAAUAUCAUAUAUAGAGACUUAAAACCAGAAAAUGUUAUUUUAGACAGAGAUGGAUAUAUUAGAAUAUCUGAUUUCGGACUCUCUAAAGAUAAAAUAGAUUAAGAAAAAUUUACAUAUUCAUUAUGCGGAACUCCAGAAUAUUUAGCACCUGAAAUAUUAAAAAAAUAAGGACAUGGAAAACCUGUUGAUUGGUGGACGUUAGGGAAUUUAAUAUAUGAAAUGGUUACAGGAAAUCCUCCUUUUUAUAUGACAAAUGAAAAUAAUACUGAUGAAUUAUAUUAAAAAAUAUUAACAUAAAAUAUUUAGCUUCCAUCAAGUUUGUCGAAGCACUGUAAAGAUUUAUUAAACAGAUUAUUUGAAAAAAACCCGUUUGUAAGACUUGGAAUUAACGGAGCAGAAGAGAUUAAAGAUCAUCCUUGGUUUAUGGAUGUUGAAUGGGAUGUUAUUUAUAAUAAAUAAUAUGCAGCACCAUUUAUUCCUAAAGUUAAAAACGAUAUUGAUGUUAGCAAUUUUAGUGAUAAUUAUGUAAGACAAGGAAUUAUUGAUUCAUAUAAUGACGGUGAUAUUUAUAAAGAGUUUCCAAAUUUUUCAUUUGCUAAUAGUAGAAGUAUGCUAAGUCAAAAUAACAUGGAUUUAGAAUGA